CUUUUUCUAACAUACACGUUUCUCAAGUUGCUUGUGGGAGUCAGCACUCCGUUGCACUCACCAAAGAUGGUCAGCUGUAUACGUGGGGUCAGGACUGCAGGGGUCAGCUGGGUCUAGGUACGAGAGAGUCUGUCUGCAGAUCACCUCGACAUGUGCCCUCACUGUCAGCGAUCCCUGUGAUCCAGGUCGCUGCAGGAGGAGACCAGAGUUUUGCCAUCUCUGUCUCUGGAGGUGUUUUCAGCUGGGGAAGAAAUGACUGUGGACAGCUCGGGCUGGGAGACACUAAAGACAGACACACACCAGCUCCUGUUCAGUGUUUGAAUAUGAAGAAAGCUCAGCGCAUUUCCUGUGGACAGGACCACACCGCCAUUUUGACAAAGCAUGGUGCAGUGUUUACAUUUGGCUCCGGUCAACACGGACAGCUCGGUCACAACUCACUACGCAACGAACUGCGUCCUCGACUUGUUGCGGAGCUCUGGGGGGCAAAGGUCACCAAGAUUGCAUGUGGAAGGAAUCACACUUUAGUGCUGACCGAAUCCAAGAGGGUCUAUUCCUUUGGUUGUGAGGAUCAAGGGCAGCUGGGACAUCGAGAGGAGAGUAAUCCAUCUGUGCCGCUGCCUGUUCGACUGCCACAGGGCACCAAUGGGCCCAAAAUCAGAAACAUCUUCGCAGGAGAAAACUGUUCAUUUGCAACAUGCUGGUCUGAUGAGGACAUUGACGAGG